UGGGAACUGCUGCUGCUGCUGCAGGCCAAGUCCCCUCCAGGCCUGCCGGGAACAGGCACCAGGGAAGGGCGCCAGGCUCUGCAUUUGCCAGGCUCCAAAGGCCUUUGCAUGGGGCUCCCAUGGCCUUACGCUCAAAGGCUGCCUUUGCCAGCCUCCGCGGAUCUCCUGGGCUCCCCUGGACAGGCAGCAUGGUGGCGGGGUCCACCGCGAUGAAGAAUGGGGGUAGCAGGGAGGAAGAUGAAGAGCUGUUUUAGCCAUGUGGAGGUUGAUCUGACAGCUGGACCUCCCUGAGGAGACAUCACAGAGACAGGCUUAGAUUUCAGUUUGGACAGAAGGUGAGAGGUAAGUCAAGGAGACGGUAGCUGAACUGAUGUGUGUAGAUGAGAUGGCCCAGAGAUAAGGUGUAAAGGGAGAAGAAACAGAGACCCAAGACAGAGCUCUGUGGAAACCCCACAGGAUCCUUUGAAGGACACCCUGAAAGAGCAAUUCGAGAGGCAGGAGGGGACAGAGUCUCUGGAAAUCUUAUCCUCCCUUGGCUUCAGAAGAGCAGGGCUGAUGGCGUGAAAGGCGAGGACGACGAGGAUGGAGCACUGGGUCUGAGCUGGGCUAGUAAGGGCUCAUUAGAGACUUUGCAUGGGGUUGGGGAAUGUCCUUCCUGACCUCUGCAGGCGAGCGGUCACAGCCCUGAAUGUGCUAACUGACCCUCCUGCAGCGAAACUUCCUUCUUUUGGAUUGCCCAAGACACAUGACAGCCUCCCCCGUGCCUGGUGGCUCCAGCCUUGUGACCCACGACACUUGCCCUUGUGAAAUCCAGCCCAGAAGCCAGUGUCCCCAUCCCCCACCCCAGCAAGGAGGCCUGGGGCAGGAAGGGCGAUGCCCGGGAGUGAAUUCAGCACUGUGCAAUUCAUGGCACAGCGACUGCGUCCGCAGUGGAACCAGAGAGAUGGGGGAGGCGCUCAGCAGGCAUGUACUGCACCCCCGUUGCAGCUGCGAGAGCCCUGCGCUGCAUGAGUGGCUGGGCCAGAAACCCCCGUCCUGCUGCUUACGCUGGGUGUGCUGAGGAGAGAAGAACCCGGAGAGAGGCAGCCGGGAGAGAAGGGGCCGCGAACUAGCGAGAGAAAGCAGUAUGUGUCGGGCUGAACAGAUGGGGGUGCAGGGAAGGGCUAGACAGGUCGAUGGAUGGAUGGAUGGUUUGUCCAAUGACUUUUUCCUAAUUUCAGGCCCACUCAGACAUUAUAGGCCACAGCCUCCGCUGGGGCGUCUUAACUUCACAGGAGCGGAGCUGCUGAACUCGAGCUGUGGGCCUAUGGAUUUAAAGCCCAGUUCGAACACUGCAGGUUUGCUGGUUCAUUCUCCUGCUGUGUAACUCAACACUGGGCCUACGAGGUUCUGGAAAAAUGAAGCCCUCUGUAACCCCCAAUAAGCUGAACGCUCUAGAGAGCCAGGAAGAGCUCCUGCUGCCUGAGCAGCCAAACCGGCUUUCCCAGAAGUAUCCCCGCUGUGCCCUGCUGGCUGUGAUCCUGGUGGGCGUGCUCUUGGCCGGGAUUCUCACUCAUCUCUUAGUUUUUCUGUUCGGUUCCCCUUUGGGAAGAGGGAAAGUGGGGCAGGAUCCAGACAACACGUGUAGUGACCCGUGCAGGAUUGUGCUGGUGGAAAGCAUCCCCGAGGGAAUGGUGUAUGAAGACAACAGCACAGUGAACCCGUCCACUUUUCAGGCCUGGAGGAGCCUGCUCGGAGGUGCUAGGAACAGCUUGGACAUCGCAUCUUUCUAUUGGACCCUGACAAACGAUGACACACACACUCAGGAAGCCACAGCUGACCAAGGUGAAGAAAUCCUGGCAGAACUGCUGCAGUUACCCCAGCGAGGUGUCUCGGUGAGAAUCGCAGUCAGCAGCCCAUCCUCAAAGCAGCCCCUGGAUGACCUGCAAGCGCUGGAGCAGAGCGGGGCUGCUGUCCGCAAAGUCAACAUGCGCAGGCUGACUGAUGGGGUGCUGCACACCAAGUUCUGGAUCGUUGACAAGACCCACAUCUACCUUGGCAGCGCUAACAUGGACUGGCGCUCCCUCACCCAGAGCUCCCCGCCAGCCUUGUGUGCCGAGGGACGGACGGAGGACCUCCAUGCACUGCUCAGUGUCAUCGACAAUGCCAGCCAGUUCGUGCACAUCGCCGUGAUGAGCUACCUGCCAACCAUGGAGUUCUCGCACCCAAGGAGGUAUUGGCCAACUAUUGACAAUCAUCUCAGGAAAGCAGCCUACGAAAGGCAAGUCCACAUUCGACUGCUGAUUAGCUGCUGGGAGCACUCCAAGCCAGCCAUGUUUCCUUUCCUGAAAUCUCUGGCUGCCAUGCAGGACAAUAGGACGCACUACAGUGUGGAAGUGAGGCUCUUCACCAUUCCAGUCAAUGAGACACAAGCCGAGAUCCCCUACGCAAGAGUCAACCACAAUAAGUACAUGGUCACCGACAAGGUGGCCUAUAUUGGUACCUCCAACUGGUCAGGAGACUAUUUUGUCAGAACAGCAGGAUCUGCGCUUGUGGUAAACCAGAGUGACACGAAUGCCCAGGGCGAGCUCUCAGUGCGGGAACAACUCCAGGCCGUGUUCGAACGGGACUGGAACUCCCAAUACAGCAGCGACAUCAGCACCUUGGGCCAGUGGGAAGACAUCUGCAGAGGUCACUAGGAGGCUACGCCACUGAGGACUGACAGAAGGAAAUCCUGGCAUCACAGAACAACCCGGCUACAGCAUGUCAAGGAUACACAUCAGGGCAGCAUGGCUACCCCAGCACUGCAAACAUGGUGGGGUUGACAUGUCCCUUCCAGGGCCUGAAAAAUCUGGUGUCACCUGGUUUCUUGUUAGCCCCUUUGGUUUCUCUGCAAUGGCAUUAGUCAUUUUUUGAGCCCUGUCUCUCUCUGGAUCACAAGGACACCCCAUCUUCAAACACUAACAGCUGAGCCAGGCUGGGGAGAGUUCAUCCUUUUCUCUACCACAUCCCCGCUGCUGCUUUCCCUCUGUGCUGAACUGAGCAGGAACUUUCAUGUGUAGGCCAGUGGAAUGGGCUUCCAUAGCGUCUGAUAUGUAAUUGUCCAGAUCCCCAUCAAAGGGUUUGUAUACAGGUGCCAGGAGAUGGGAGGUGCUAGUAAAGUCUAAUUUGUGUCUGUAUUUUCAAUCCAUUCGGAAGGAAGAUACAGCGAGUUACACAGGGGGAGCUAUACAAAGAACAUAUACACGGACACAGGACGGAAUUCAUCAACGUUCAGAGGGACAAGGCAUGGCCAGGGAACCACUGAUGUCCUACUGCAGCCCUAGUUUAAAUACUUACGCAGUAACUGAACCGAUGCCUAGGUCUUGUGCUGCCCCUCUGCCUGGGGGUGAAUUUCACCAAUGGAUCAUUUACUCUCCAUGAAUUGAUACGAUCUUCCGAAAAUUCACUCCAAGGCAGGGACCUGUAGCAGGUCUCGCAAGGAACAAGGAAAGCAUUAACUCAGUAGCUGAAAACUUGGAGUUAACAGUAAAUAGGUUUGAAUAAAGUCACCAGUUAUGGAGGUGCAUUCAGGUAAAGGCUGAGUUCCAUUUUGUACUCAAAGCAGGGAUUCAGCAUCUUUAUAUUGUAAGAAAAAUGUAGUGUGCCCUCCUCGAGCAUACUGUAUUUCCUCUCUCAACGCAGAAUGACUCUUCUGAGAAUUUCCAUGUAAAUCCAUUUGUUAAUUCACACAUUCAAAUAAAUACACAACUGGUUCUUCUAAAAAAUUAGCCUGUGUCACUCUUUUCUUUGUCCCAAAUGAGCUGAACAGAAUAAUGUAGCUAUUUCAAACUUUCCAUAAGGUUAACAUUAAUGGAACUCUGGUGCCGAGGCUCUGUCGGAAGCAAUAGUUUGUAAUAAAGCAACAUGAUUCAGUAUCGUGAAUGGAGAGAUUACAGAGAAGUUCAGGUAACUCUUAGCUGGGCCCGGUGUGACAGAGAUAACCUCACCUAUCCUGUCCAGCUAGUUUGCAGCCAUGAGUCUAUGAGAGACGCAGUGCUAUUGGGAGGCUGGAGAAGUGCCAAGAACAACACAAGUUGGUCCAAUAAAAACUAUUCUCUCACCCA